UCAGGCGUCUCGGGUCGGUUUUCAAGCAAUCAUAGAGCAUGUCAAUCAACGGUUGCCUUGGUAGCGUUUGACGUCACCACUCCCUACCCUGUCUCUGCUCCUGGGGCUGGUGUGAUUGGAGCGAAACCCCGUGGAUUAGACCGAGACAGACCGCCUGUAAGAAUCAGCUGUAGCUAGUGCAAGAACACCAUUGUCUCGCACUCAGCCCAGCCCAGCCCAGCCCAACCCAACAGCCAAAUUGACUCACUUGAACCCUGUUGCUAUAAUGAACCCAGAGAAGAGGAGCGACAUGGUUGACACGGCCAAGCUGGCCGAACAGGCAGAGCGCUACGACGACAUGGCAGAUGCCAUGAAGGCCGUGACAAUGCUAGGCACUGAGCUCUCCAACGAGGAGCGCAACCUGCUCUCGGUGGCCUACAAGAACGUGGUGGGCGCCCGACGCUCCUCCUGGAGGGUGAUCUCCAGCAUCGAGCAGAAGUCCCAGAGCAACGAGCGGAAGCUGGAUAAGUCCAAGGAGUACCGGCAGGCGAUAGAGAAAGAGCUGAAAGAGAUCUGCAACGACGUGCUGAAUCUUCUACGUGACUACCUUAUCAAAGAAGAUGGAGUAGCCGAAAGCAGAGUGUUUUACUUGAAAAUGGAAGGGGAUUACUUCCGCUACUUAGCCGAGGUGGCUGUGGAGGAAGAAAAAGAAAAGAGCAUCGCAUCGUCACAGGAGGCCUACCAACAGGCCUUCGAAAUCAGCAAGUGCGAUAUGCAGCCAACGCACCCUAUCCGCCUCGGCCUGGCCCUCAACUUCUCCGUCUUUUACUACGAGAUCCUCAACUCACCGGAAAAGGCCUGCCAGCUUGCCAAACAGGCCUUCGACGAUGCAAUCGCCGAGCUGGAUACACUCAACGAAGACUCCUACAAAGACAGCACGUUGAUCAUGCAGCUACUGAGAGACAAUUUGACGCUGUGGACCGCAGACAACCAGGCUGACCAUGAGGACACCGAAGAGGGUCAAGUGAACUGAGACCUCGUCUCCAGUGUACCCGUCAUCGAAGCUCACCAACACUGAGGCCACCUCAUUAUUCCUGCCUCUCUCUCUCAUUCUCUCUCUCUCUCUCAUUCUCUCUAUGUAUCUAUCCCUCUUCAUUCUCUCACCACUGUCACUUCUUCAUUUACUAGUUCUUUUUGGAGUUUCUGUUAGGGGCGUGGUGGGUGUAGGGGGGUGAUGGUACUUGGGUUAGGGUGUGUCAGUUUGUCAUUUUCACUUGAGGACCAAUGGGGGGGGCCUUGCAAAAAAACAAGUGUGGAAAGGGGGCAAGUGGGAAGUUCUCCACACAUGCAGAAGUGGCAAGUGUAGUUUAGUUUGUUUUUUAUAUAUAAUAUAUAUAUAUAUAUGUAUAUGUAUGUCUAUAUAUACAUAUACACUAUGUAUGUUCAGCAUAUGUCGAUCAUCUUGAAGUGUUUGAUUCGUGUUUGAUGUCUGUAUGCAGCCAUCAUGGAUGCAUCCCAGGUUCAGAGCUGUUUUAAAUCUGCAGCGAGCGAAUUAGCAGCACAGGCAUCUAAACCACAUGUCAAAUGGAAGAUAUGGGCAAGAGAGGUAACAUUCCAUUUGCUGUCAUCUGCUCAACAUAAUUUCUCAACUUGGGUUACCCACAUGUCAUUUUUCAUUUCUGUGUAACAGAAUUACGAGGUAUAGAAACCCUAAGAACAAAGUGAGCAUUUGAAAAGGCUUUGAGACUGUAACUAUGAUCUUGAUCUUUAUAUUGAGGACGGCAGUGGGUUUCCCAUGUGCUUAUCUAGCAAUUGCCAUUUCCAACUAAGGGGUUUUCCCAUUUCAUUUUCUUUUGAUACUUGUCUAAAGUGCAUGUGGCUUUUGUAGUUAAUGGGGAGGUUAAGGAAUACUGCUGUGGGGCUGGCUAGUAUUGUUUCAUGUCUUUGAGGUUUUCAUGCAGGACACCCAAGCAUAACUCUUAUUUGGAGGAAAAAAAAUCCUGUAAGUGGAAAUAAAAUAAUUUAAAGUA